AUGUCUCCUACAAUCAACGUCUCUUCAUCUGUGGAGUUUAGCAGGCUCCUCAGCUCCUCCACUAUCGUGGUGACUGAUUUCUACGCCGACUGGUGCGGACCCUGCAAAGUCAUCUCUCCCACCUUCGAGUCUCUCUCCGCGAAACACUCCAAGCCCAAUAAAAUCACCUUCACCAAAGUAAACGUCGAUAACCAGCAAGCCAUCGCCCAGAAAUAUGGCAUCCGAGCAAUGCCCACCUUCCUCAUCUUCCGCUCCGGCUCCGUAAUCGAAACCAUCAAGGGCGCCGACUCACACAAACUCACCUCCGCUGUUGAAAACGCCGUCAAGCUCGCCGGCGCUGCCGCCACGCCCCUCUACUCGACACCCGGCCGCACGCUCGGCGGCGCUCCGUCCGUCAGCCAACCGCUCGAUAUCCACACAGUCUUCGAUGCGAUCAUAACGUUCUUCGGCUUGUACUUCACGUCGUUGUUUAGUCUGGAUGCGUACGCCGCGGCGGAGAACUCGCCGUUUAAUAAGAAUCGACCCGAUCAGUCGGCUGGAAGUGCCCCGACGUCAGCGGGCAAGACGGCAGCGGGAAAGACGGCGCCGCAGUCGGGGAGGAGGUUAGGUACGAUUGCGGAUAUUGCGGGGGAUAAUUAG